AUGCCAAAUGGAGAACCGAAAGAUUACAAUAGAGAACAAAAUGAAGAGCAUCUCUGGAACAAGGAGCAUAUUGAUUUCGUGGCUAAUGGUUCAAGAAAUGAAGAAAGGUCUUAUCAGAACCUCACACUAAAAGCCAAGAAGAUUGAGCCAGAUUCAGAAUCAUCGUUUGACGAAAAUGAAGAAGUGUACAUGAUGCACAAUGGUGUUUCAGAUGAAGCAGAUGGUGCGAAGUCUACUGGCGACAAGACGCCUAGGAAGUCAUAUCCUGCGACUAGCGGCGUAAUGAAGCCACACCGCUUCUUUCCAGGCACGGUGGUGUUGAGGGAGAGAUCCAAAAGUACCAUAAUAGCACAGAGUGGUUGA